GCUGUUGGGUGGCGGCGAGGAACGAGCGAUGGAAGCGACGAAGAGGGCGGCGUUGUGCGCCGUGUGCGCGCUCUCUCCUCGCAAGUACAAGUGUCCCGCGUGCGAAAGCCCAUACUGUUCGGUGGAGUGCUAUAAAGUUCACAAAGGGAGCAGCAACUGCAUUCCAAAGCCCAACACCGCUGCCGCCACUUCCACUGGGAGCCCUCUUGACAGAAGGCACGACAAGGCAGUGGACAACAAUACUUAUGAUUAUGCAGAUGAAGAUUCUGACCAAGUGCCCCCAACCAGAUUGUGUCUACUCGACGAGAGCGCCGCCCUGAGGGCGCUGCUGGACAACCCCCACCUGCGCUCGCUUCUGACGGAGGUCGACGGUGCGCAGGACAAGGCGACGGCGAUGCGCCUCGCCAUGCAGGAGCCGCUCUUCGUCGAGUUCGCCGACCGGUGCCUGAGUGUCGUGGCGCCCGCGGAGGGCGAGCGGGAGGACUAGCGCCGCCGGCGUUUCCGGACGUCGCAACGCACUCCGGCAAAGAAGAGAUAUCGCCACCAGCUGUAGUCUUUCAACUGCUGGAUGAAGACAUGCCAAAAGUGGUCGCCAUCUCGAGACGAUUUUAUCGUUCUCAUCUCUGCGGUGGUAAAACAAUCCCCGCUAACAACCUGCACUCAGCAGUGGGUGAAUACAAAGGGCUGUACGCAUACUAUGUAGCAUAACGCUGUCCAUAAAAUACUGUGAUGGUGUUUAUUCAGAGACGGAAGUUAAUGCUUUUGAGGCAGUGUGUUAUUGCAACAUCUGCCACUAAAUGUUGUGUGUGCCAGUUCAGAUGUUUUUUUUAAUCUAAAACGUUAUGACGAGUAAUAAUUUCAACUUGUAACGUGCCGCAGAAUGGAAGGCCAGCCACACGCUGAGCCGGCACCAACAGUUGUCCAAGCUCAGCAGUCGACAGAUUCAGGCGUUAUCGGCCAUUUAAUUAGUGCUAAGAUAUGGGAGGAAACCGGAGCACCUCGAGAAAACCAAAAUAUGCGAGAGGGAAAUUUUCUCCUGUACAGACCGAACAGGUGGAGUCCACAUUUUGUCUGUACCGCCUUCUGGAAAGCCAAGGUAUAACUACUCGACACUUACAGAAAAGGAGUUUAGCUGCAUUUGUACGGUGAUCCAUCAACCGGCAUUGCCUCCAUAGUGCUGGAUUGCAGGCAGCCACGUGCAGUAUUGCCACCACGGCUUGGCUAUACUGCACAUAUAGGGAGCACGUGUUUAUUUCUCAGCAAGUGAUUGGUUAUUUGAGUGCAGUAGCCACAUUGUGGCAUUUAUUUCGUAAGAUGUAGCCUAAAAUAAAAAUGUAUUUUUCUUA